AUGCACGCUCGACAAACUCAGGAGCAAGUUUUCCAGCAGCAAGCUGACGACGACCAGUUCCAUCAGCAAGAAGCACACGCUCAACGACUUCGCGAACAGCAAGCUCACGGCGACCAGCGCCGUCAGCAAGAAGCACACGCCCGACAGCUUCGUGAACAGCAAGCUCAUGAUGACCAGCGCCGUCAGCAAGAAGCACACGCCCAACAGCUUCGCGAACAGCAAGCUCACGACGACCAGCGCCGUCAGCAAGAAGCACACGCCCAACAGCUUCGCGAACAGCAAGCUCACGACGACCAGCGCCGUCAGCAAGAAGCACACGCCCGACAGCUUCGUGAACAGCAAGUUUAUGACGACCGGCUCCGUCAGCAGCAGGUGCACGACAAUCGGCUGCGCGAGCAGCAGGCUCAC